AUGAGUCAACGCGUGAACAUCCACCACGCUAGGGUGAAGCGCGUGUUGGUCGGGGGCAUCAAGAACUCCAUUGGCACAGUGUUAAGAGCUGCAGUGGAUGGGGAGGGGGGAGUGGGAUUGAAAGCGCCAGAACCGAUUCACUCCCCCUACUCGCAUACACCUCGACCCCAGAACCGCCACACUCCCCCUACUCACACACCAGGGAGAGAGGGGGGGGAGACGAGCCUGGGACCAGCUGCCGCGUCCCCGUACCACGUGACGCGGCGCCAUCUUGUCGGUAAACAGGCGGGCCGGGCGCCCUCGCUCCCGCCGCCCUUAAUUAAGUUCCCGCCGCGGCGGGGGCGGUACAGCCCCUGCCACGAUGUUGUUCCCGCCCCUCCCGCGCGCCGACCACAGUCGGGCAGGAGACUGCGCGGACCGUCAAAGGAGUGUCCUGUCCCGCCGAGUGGUCCCCCGGGGCCCGUGGGACCACUCGGCAGGUCCCCGUCGCCCGCCCUCGGCGCCACUCAACAACCGCGGCGGCACGCGGGUGCUCAAGUUGCUUCCCUCGGUCUGGUUCCCGGGGAAGCAGGCGAUGAGUUCCCCUCGCCCGGCCAGGAAAUGAAAACGCGGCCCUGCGCGGUGGGAGGCGGGUCUCUGCUGGUGUGUGAAGGCGCCGGGUCCCACGGUUCGGCGAGCCACAUGGAGGGGGAAGAUGCACCAGCAUGGUCCAGGGGAGAGGAGGGGAAAUUUUUGCAAACUAAGAUUCCCACCACCUCCACCCCGCCUCCACCGCCGCGGCCAGGGGACGCCGGACCCCCACCACCGCCGCGAGCGCUGUGGAGGGGCGCUCGCGGCGGUGGUGGGGGUCCGGCGUCCCCUGGCCGCGGCGGUGGAGGCGGGGUGGAGGUGGUGGGAAUCUUAGUUUGCAAAAAUUUCCCCUCCUCUCCCCUGGACCAUGCUGGUGCAUCUUCCCCCUCCAUGUGGCUCGCCGAACCGUGGGACCCGGCGCUGGGGGCAGAGACCUAA